AUGUCCGACCUUCCGCUCAACGUCUCUCCAAUCCUUGAGCUUAGUAACGACUUCACCAUUCAGCUACGGGUACGCGUCGAGACGACACUCCAUGCUAUCAUCAAGCAGAACCUAUCCUCCCAGUUUGGCCGCACAGCCGACGUGCUUGCCAGCUUUCGAGAGUCGCUUGCUGGCGUCAACAUGAACGACCGCGCCGCAGUCGCCAGCGCAUUCGACGCCGCUCGCGUUCCGAUGACAGAGUACGAUCAGUACGCCCCUUACGUGUCAAAGUUCUUCCAGCCUACCCCCUGUGCGCACGCAGAUGUCGUAGACCUCCUCGCGCCGGGUCUGCCACUCGCCAUGGGGAUGUCGAGCGCCACGUCCGGGAAGGCGUCCAAGCCGAUCCCGAAGUACAUGCAUUAUGUACGACGGGGCAUGCAGCCAGGGCAGGCAGAGAUACCCAAGAUGCCGCACAUCACCAUCUGGGAGAACCCUGCAAAUCAGCUCGCCGUGAGGCCUGUAUACUGCGGAUACAGCAAGUUCGCGGAGGUCCAUGGCGUGGAGGGAGGCGAGAGUGAGCGAGAAAGCGGGAAUGAUGCGAUUACGCGUAUACCGUGCACUACUAUCACCGGUGUUAUGACUCGCGCAAAACUGGGGUUCCUUGACUGGCGACGGGAUCAUGAGCGGCUGGCGGAACCUGUCCCCGACCACACGGGCCCGUGGGGCAUAGCACUCAUCACCAACUACCGUUCCAUGAUCCUCACGCACGCCGCUUUCGCUCUGGCUGCGGAGCCUCUGGAUACGCUCUCCAUGUCUUGGGCCACAACAUUCAUCGACUUCGUAAGGUUGGUCGACGAGGAGUGGGAAAUGCUCGUUGAUGGGAUUUCCACCGGUGUAUUGCCAAGGUUCGCAGAAACGGAGCACGUCUACACCAAAAUAGCUUCGGUGUUCAAAGCAGACCCAGAACGAGCUGCAGCACUUAGGAAGGUCGGACCGCCAUCUCAAACAACCGAAGGAUGGACAGUCAAGGUCUGGCCCAAGCUCGAGCUGCUUAUAGCCGUCUGUACUGGCACUUUCGGGCGCGUUUAUCCUCAGGUUCGAGCAUGUAUAGGACCAAACAUCCCCAUUCGCCCCCCGUUCUAUGCCUGCACCGAGGCUACCAUUGGAGGGCCAUACGACGAUCGGAUACCUAAUAUCGUGAAGGUUUCGAACAUGGAGUAUAUCGAGAUGCUGGAGGUCACUUCGGAUAAUGAAGAUGGAGAACUCAAAUCCAUGUGGGAAGUAGAAGCAGGCAAGGUGUACGAACCUGUCUUGACAACUCAUGACGGUCUCUGGCGUUAUCGGACGAGAGAUGCCGUUCAAGUCAUUGGUUUCUCGCCCCUAGACGGAACACCUCUACUUGAGUAUAAGGAGCGCCGCAACCAAUCCAUGUGGAUAGCCCAGGCCCUCGUGUCACAGUCCGACAUUCUCUCGUCAAUCUCCGGCGUCCGAGAGUUUUCCGACGUCGAAUUCACAAGCUGGUGGGAUGACCGCAGCCAGCCUGCGACCGUAGGCCUCUUCCUAGAGGCAACCCCACAAACCCGCUCCAUCGCGUCCUCCGUCCGCGACAAAAUUCUCACAGGCCUUCUCGCUGCCAACGAGAACUUCGCUAGUGGCGCAAAGCGCGGGCUUCCAGUGCGACCCUCAAUACGACUACUCGCUCCGGGAACAUUCCGCGAGUUCAAAACCUGGAAAGGAAACGUGACUGGCGCAGGGGCUACGCAGAUCAAACUACCGAUCAUUAUGCUGAAUCAGAAAGAUCACGAGUUCUUGUUGGAGAAGGUCAUCGGGGGGGUAGAAUAG